AGUGGGGUCGGCAGCCAGCGCAGCGAGCCGGCCGCCAGCCCCGCCGCGCCGCCCCGCUCUCCCCCUCGGCCCUCCCCCGCUUCUCGCCGCCACCGAGCGAGCCCGGCUGCCCGCCCCCGCCCGCCCCCUCCGCUCGCUCUCUCCCUCCUCGCACAACACACGCACGCGCCGCCCGGAGCUAUGCCGAAGAGAAAGGCUGAAGGAGAUACCAAGGGCGAUAAGGCCAAAGUUAAGGAUGAGCCACAACGGAGAUCGGCAAGGUUAUCUGCUAAACCUGCCCCUCCGAAGCCAGAGCCUAAACCUAAAAAGGCAGCUCCAAAGAAGAGUGAGAAGGUGCCCAAGGGAAAGAAGGGGAAAGCUGAUGCUGGCAAGGAGGGAAACAACCCUGCAGAAAAUGGAGAUGCCAAAACAGACCAGGCACAGAAAGCCGAAGGUGCUGGUGAUGCCAAGUAAAAUGUGUGAAUUUUUGAUAACUGUGUACUUCUGGUGACUGUACAGUUUGAAAUACUAUUUUUUAUCAAGUUUUAUAACAAUGCAGAAUUUUGUUUUACUUUUUUUUAAGCUAUGUUGUUAGCACACAGACCGCUUUGUUGUUGUGUUUUGAGGGGGGGGCAGUGGGACAAACGUCACUUAAUCUGUUUCUUGGAACCUAAAUUUUAAAAGUUUACCCCUUCCCAGUUUUUUAGAAGGACUCUUCCUAAAUGGAGCAGGAAGGGAUUCCUUCGUGCUGCACACCUCUUCCGUUUUGUGGACCGCAUCAGAGUGAACGGAAGCUCCCGAGAUGCCUGUUGCCAACUUCAGAACUGCAGUUUGCAGUGCCCUCUGCGUUUCCUUUCAUGCCCUCCCUUUUUGCCUAGAGCCUAUCACUCCGAAAUACAGCAGACAUGGCAUGUUGGGACUCACCACUCUAAAUGCAUUGUCAGGUGAUCUGGACUUCUGGUGUCUAAUUUGGGAUAUAAUAGCUCUAAAAGGAGCUGCAUUUCCUCUUUCAUAUUGUAGAUCUACAGAUUAAGGAAUCUGCAGUUUUUAAUUUUUCCUCGCAAAGUCAGGGUAGAUUUGUGAAGAGUUGUUAAACAACAUGCUAAAUGUGAAAGUGUCCGCCCUCACUCUAAACAUUUCCCUCUACAAGUAUACAAAAAUGAAGAUUUGUCGGUUUUAUAGCAACCUUUAUGUUUGGGUAGUCCAUGAAGGGAGGGGAGUUUGACAGUUGUUGUAAAAUGUUGCAGAUUGUAGCCCAUGUCCUGCCUAAAUUACCAUGAUUGUUUAUGAAAAGUACCUUUAAUAAAGCUGGAUACGGUUUGGCUUGGACUGUUCUUAAUGCCUUCCUAAUUUCUCUUGCCAUUAUUUGAUCUCUAAUGUUAUAAGAAUUUAAGUAUCUUAGUUCAGAUAAUUAACUCUGUUUUAAUUCACAAGUGGAAAGCAGGAUUUUUAUAUCUAAGAGCUAGAUAAGGUAACCUUGUUACUGGGUGUUUUGGAAGUCUUGGCUUAAUAGGAGGCCCCAAUUGAAGCAUGUAUGUGGGUCUACUGAGACAAUUUAUCUUUGUUGUUGUUUGAAAAAUAGCAUCUAUCGCGUGAUAACUACACAGAAAGGGGAAGAGCACUGCAGUCUUUCAGUUGCUGCAGAGAAGCUGGUUUUGGUAAGGUUUCCUUCCUGGUGAAACCAGAAGUAGUUCCACAGAACUGAUUGUGUUGGAUUUCCACGCUCAAGCUUAGACAUUGUUGCUUUUGCUAAUCAAGUACAGACUGCUGUGGCAGUGGCUAAGCAGGAAAUAAGAUUUGUUGAGUAAAAAUGUAGCAUUUUUAUAGUCACUACUUAAAGUAAAGAGCAUAGCCAAACCAGAAA